AUGGUGAGAACGUACGUUCGAAAAACUGAGAAAGGUGUAAGGUCCGCUUACACGGUAGAAGAUUUCCAGCGUGCGAUUGAUGAUGUAAGAAAUGGAAACAAAACAACCAGAGGUGCAGCACUGUUCUACAACAUACCAAGGAGCACACUGAAACAUCAUGUGUUAGGAACGAGGGGAAAGGGUUCCACAUCAAAGGAAGGCAGAGGAGGCGGAGGUGUAACUUCGUACCUGUCAACUGCCGAAGAAGAAGAAAUUGCCAAUUGCAUCAAGGUAAUGGAAAAGCAUGGAUUUGGUCUGUCGCGAGAAGAUGUACUGGAUUUAGUACAAAUGUACAUUAGACAGAAUAAUUGGCCAACAAGAUUCAAAGACCAACGACCUGGAACCGACUGGUUCAUCUCUUUCAAGAAGAGGCAACAUUUGUCUAUCAAAAAACCGCAAAGUAUCGAAUACGUUCGGUGUGACCAAGUUAACCCUUGGGUCAUCUACGACUUUUUUGACAAGUUGGAACACCUCAUGAAGGACUUAAAACUUGAAGGAAAGCCAGGACAGAUAUUCAAUUGUGAUGAAACGUCAUUUUGCGAUGACCCUUCUAAAACCAAAAUUGUUGGGGCCAUUGGUACGCGAUGUCAGCGCAAAACUAGUUCUUCUGGGCGCGAAAAUACUUCUGUGUUGCUUUGUUGUUCCGCUGAUGGAAGAACCCUUCCAUUGCUUUGCGUUUUUAAGGGGAAGUUUGUCAUGGAAAAUUGGAUAAACGAAGAAUUGGCCACACAAACUGCUGUUUCAGUAACUGAGC